AGAAGAAAAAAGCCGCGGAACUUGGAUGGGCGUUCUAAUUAAGGAUGAGAAACCUUAAGGAUGAUUCCAAGAGCUUUUCCCGAGGAAUAUCAAAACCUCACGCUUUCGGAGUUUGUAGCACUCCAAGAUUACACGGAUCCCCGAGGAUCACCGUUCCGAUCACCGAGAAUCGGAGACUUUGAGCCGAUCGGACCGUUCCGAAGAAGCCACCACUGGACCGGUCACAACACUCGUGACCGGGGUGCCGCCUUCUGUCCGGACCAGUCACGACCCCUACCAACCGGUCUGGCCACUGCCCGACCACUACACGUCUUCCACCACGGCAUUCGAUCCUCUGGAGAUCAAAUCAUUGGGAGACACCAUUCACCACGUCAUGGAGCUGCAAACCAUGAUGGAGAGUACUGCUAUCCGCAAGAAGAGAGAAGCCACGGAGGAAAACUUAUGGAGAUCAUGCAGCAGUUACUUGAAAGCCAAGAGAAAGGCAUGAAGGAGAUCGAUUCAAAAUUCACAGAGAUGAAAGCCGAAUUCGAUUCAAAGAUUGAUGCACUUACCGUCGACAUCAAACGUGUAGAAGAACAAGUUGGUGAUGUCAAGAAUAAACUCAUAAACCAUUUUGAGGACAUUCAAGACCACAAUACCAAGAUCAUCAACAUGGGAUACUCGAUUGAUUCCGUGGAGAGCCAUCUAAUGUGGAGGAUUGAGGAGAUACAAGGAGGAUUAACUAAUCCUACUAAGUUUCCCGAGUGGAGAAGUGACCAAUCCUACCAUGACGAAGAGAAAGAAGCCGCAGCCCUUGAUGAGAAGCCAAUCCCUGAUUCUAUGUCUAAGGAGAAAGACUACCCCACCGACGAAGAAGAAGUUUAUUUCAAUGAGCAAAUCAAUGAAAGCCGUCUUGAAAACUAUCCAAGAAGGAAUGAUGAGUUGACCGAAUCAUCUAACGAAGGAGAUGAAGGAGAUGAGGAGGAAGAACUUAAAGAUGUCUAUUCUUAUUGGGAAUCCAGCCCAAGAAGCCGUGAAGGACGUUUUCACUCACCUUACCAAACGAGAGCUGAGAACAACCAAGAGAGGUUCACACCGAACCGUCUCUCUUUUCACCAACCUAACACGCCUAUUCAAGACCAUUCUCGUGUACCAUGGAGGCAGAAAAGUCAUGAGGAGAGACUUGAGAGCUUAAUGAGCCAAUACCUGGAUCAACAAGCUUUGGAUACAAGAACACUGCACGUAAAGAUCGACAAGAUCAAUAGUGUUCUUCUGGGAAAAAUCGGCGAGCUAUCUCUUAACCCUAGAGAAAGAGAAGAUCAAGUUGACUUGGAUGAUAUAAAUCGGAUCCAGUCAAGAGUCAAUGGUUUAGACGAAAGCAUAUGGCGACUUCAGACUCGCAUCAUGAACUUGGAGACCAGAGAUGGGAAAGAAGAUGCGGCCUUAGAGGAUGUAAUUAGACGACAAGGAGAAGUCAAAAAUAACAACAUAAAGUGUCUUGAAGGGCAAUCAAACAUCCGAGGAGCGCUAAGGAGAGUUUCCAUGGACUCAUCAAAAAAGUACAUUGGGCUAUUCGAUAAGAUUAUCGAGUUAAGCAAUAAGGUUGACGAUCUAUCCUCUCGUGUUGAUGGACACCACCCAUUGGAAAGUGAGCAUGAAGGAUCUAUACCUGAUACAGCUUGCAGCGUCGCCAAUACCUACUUGGAAGAGCCACCCGAUGAGUUCCAAUGCAAAAGAGCUCGUCUAGGGAGGGAUAAUCCUUCUCACUACGCUUAGUGAGCUACCAAACGUCGAGCCAACGACGUUAA